GGGGUUGUACAGGCUUCCAGCUAAUACCACCCGGGUCGGGUCUCAUCAUAUCCAACAUCCUAGAUUCCCAGCAUGUCUGUUCUGCUCUUCACUUCAUUCAACUUUUAAAAAAAUAAAACGAAUCGGUGCUUGAAUUUAUCUAUCCGCCAUCCCAAAAAAGUCAAAAAAUUUUGUCGGUUGCCCUUAAAGUUUCCAUCUUUUGAAAGAAAAAAAAAGUUGUGUCACUAUACGUGUGCAUUCUUUUACAUGUAUUACUUCAUUAUUAUUAACUUUAAGCUAAAUUUCACGAGAGAAUGCAAUCCUCUUUUCCGUUAAUAAAAAGUGAUUCUUGAAAGCACUUUGUCCUCGUCACUUCUCACAGAAGAAAAGCUGGUUCAGUGGUUCGUAUCCUGCUGGAAACCUCCAAGACUAAGGAUACUAAACCCGAGUAACUAAGUUUCCCCAGAAUUUAGCUUCCGUGUCUUUAUUGCCAUCAUACAGUAUGGAGAAUUUGGGAGUGCAAAAAUGGGUGGUGUAUGGGUUGGCGUUUUUCAUGAUUCUUUUGAGAACAGAAGGCUUCUUUGUCGAUAUCACUUAUGUUCAGAGUGCUGUGGCAAAAGGAGCAGUAUGUCUGGAUGGAAGUCCACCAGCCUACCAUUUUGACAGAGGAUCUGGAGAAGGAAUUAACAAUUGGUUAAUCCAUUUUGAGGGAGGAGCGUGGUGCAAUAAUGUCACUACUUGCCUUGCUCGUAAGGAUACUCGGUUGGGGUCUUCAACGAAAAUGGUAAAGCAGGUUGCUUUUUCAGGGCUCCUGGGUAACCAUCCCAAGAGAAAUCCGGACUUCUACACCUGGAACCGAAUCAAGGUUAGGUAUUGUGAUGGAUCAUCGUUUACUGGCGAUGUUGAGGCAGUAAACCCGAAAACCAAUCUUCACUUCAGAGGUGCAAGAGUGUUUGUCGCUGUUAUAGAAGACUUAUUAGCCAAAGGAAUGAAGAAUGCAAAAAAUGCUAUUAUUUCUGGAUGUUCUGCCGGAGGAUUGACUUCAAUAUUGCAUUGUGACAAGUUUAAAACUCUCCUCCCAGCGAGUACUAAAGUGAAAUGUCUUGCAGAUGCGGGUUACUUCAUUAACGCGAUGGAUGUUUCUCAAGCGGCACAUAUUGAACAGUUCUACAAUGAUGUUGUUACAACGCAUGGGUCAGCCAAGAAUUUGCCUACUUCGUGUACAUCAAAGAUGAAGCCGGGAUUGUGUUUUUUCCCGCAAAAUAUGGCACCAACUAUUCAGACGCCUCUGUUCCUAGUCAAUUCAGCUUAUGAUUCCUGGCAGGUAAAGAACAUCUUGGCUCCCGGGGUAGCUGAUCCCCACGGGACAUGGCAUAGCUGCAAGCUUGACAUAUUGAAAUGCUCUGAUAGUCAGCUUGGCAUAAUGCAAGGUUUCAGGAUGGAGUUCCUGAAGGCAUUAGGUGCAGUAGCGAAUUCUCCGUCGAGAGGAUUCUUCAUCAACUCCUGCUACGCCCACUGUCAGACCGAGGUCCAGGAGACAUGGCUCAGGGACGACUCUCCCGUGUUGGCUGGCACGAGCAUUGCCAAAGCGGUUGGAGACUGGUACUAUGACAGAAGCCCGUUCCAGAAGAUCGAUUGCCCUUAUCCUUGUGACAAAUCAUGCCACAAUCGCGUAUUCGAAUAAGCGUUCUUCGGGAACCUUUUACUCCAAGUUGUGAAGAUUCCCAGAAGGAGAAAUCAGAAAUGGGAAAGUGUUUGUUGAUGAUGAUGAUGAUAUAUGUCAAGUGUUCAGAAUAAAGGAAUCACACCAUUGCAGAGGUAUCUUGGUGUUUUGUCUCUAAGGCUCAAAUUUGUACCUUAAUAACUGUAAUUGAGUAGUACUUGUUUUCAAUGGUAUCCUGCCUACAAGUUAGGAGAUUGGGAUACAAUGAAGAGGAAAAUGUUAUUUGUAAUUUUUAAUUGCACGAAAAUAAUAUAAUGGCCUUACUAUUUUAGAAAA